GUUAUCAGAAUAUGUAGUUCCACCGAAGAUAGUUCGUCAGUUGAGCUGGGCUCGCAAUGUUUGGCCUGAGCAGCUACCAGACGACAGCACUCUUGCUAGGCCUGAGGUUCAGAAAUACUGUCUGAUGGGAGUUAAAGAUAGCUUUACAGAUUUCCAUAUUGACUUUGGGGGCACGUCUGUGUGGUAUCAUGUACUUAGGGGUGAGAAAGUAUUUUAUCUGAUCAGACCCACACAGACAAAUCUGACAUUGUAUGAAAAAUGGUUGUCUUCCUCCAACCAGAGUGAAUCAUUCUUUGGAGAUAAGGUUGAGCACUGCUACCAGAUGGUUGUCAAGGAAGGUCACACAUUGUUUAUCCCAACUGGUUGGAUUCAUGCUGUACUGACACCUCUAGACUCCCUUGUGUUUGGAGGAAAUUUCCUUCACAACUUUAAUAUACGCUUGCAGCUGCAGUGCGCUGAGAUAGAGAGAGCAGUGAAAACCCCAGAAAAAUACUUAUUUCCAUCCUAUGAGAUCAUCAACUGGUAUGCAGCCAAGAAUAUUCUAGACAUGUUGCAAGAGUACACAGAAGAGUCCAAGCUGCCACCACAUUAUUUGGCAGAUGGUGCCAGGGCACUGUUGGAGAGUCUCAAAUCCUGGACACAAAGAAAAGAUCUGACCAGCAAAUGUAUUUAUACCAAAAUUGGCAAGCAAGAUGUCACAGAUUACAUUCAGUAUGGGAAAUUGCUCAAAGAUAUGCAGAAGGAGGUGAAGAAAAUUGAUGCUAUGGAGAAGACAGCAAGUCCAAAGAAACUAGAAAACAGACGCAGGAAGGGAGAAAAGACAAAGAAGUCAUCAAAGACAGUAGAAGUUCUCGACGUGUUAGAUCAGCAUACAAAGGAAACUUUAAAAAUUGCAGAGAGGGAAACCAGAGAAAACAUAUAUAACUUUGAAGACGAUGAGGAUGAGCUGCCUGCAAGUCUGAAGGUGAGGAUCCCAAAAGCUGGGGCCUACGUGGCAGACCACGAAAAUGCAGUUGGAAAAUCUGCCACAAAGGCAGCACCCAAGAACAGUAAGGUCAGCAAACAAUCUGCGGACAAGGAAGACCCUGUCGCAGAGAUUUCUCCACACGAAAGAGGCAGCAGAAGGAACAAGAAAGACUCCAAGAAGAACACAGAAGGGAAAGAACCUUCAAGGAGUUUGCUGAAAGAGAGUUUAUUACAGGAGAAGGUAGUGAAGACUGAGCAGGAGUCGGAGACAUCUCCUGUAAAGGAAGUGCCACAGUGCCUCAAGUUCAAACUAUCCAACGGGAAAAUGGUGAGCACAGACAGAAAAACAAAAAGCAGGAAACUAAAACAGAAAGAAUUUGUCCUGUUAGGACCAGACUUAUCCAAUCCUACGGUGCCUUCAGUGAAAGCAGAAGCAGAUGUAGAAAAGAAAGUGCAGUCAAGAUUGAAAUCACCGAAAAAAGAGGUGAAAGAAAAACCUCUCAGCAAAAAGGAAAAGUUGAAAGAUAAAACAUUUGAUAAAAAAGACAAGAUUAAAACUGAGGCAGCUGUCAAGAAAGAUGCAGGUGAUGCAAUGAAAUCCAUGUCGACAGGAUGUGACAAGCCUAAACAAACGAGAACAAGUCAAAAAGGGAAGCAAAGUGACUCUAGUCGUGCUCGAGGUAGACCUUCUGAAUCCAAGCCGAAAGCAGACUCAGGUGCUUCUACGCGGUCUAGUGCCACUGCAGCUGUGCCAGACACAUCGAAGGACAGUGACAGUGAUGGGGACCACUUGGUGGUGGAUGAGGCGCCCAAGAAGUCUCAGGGGCAGAAAACAACGUCCACACUGAAGCCGGCCUCGCUGAAGAUGAAGCUGUCGUCUGGGCCUGUUAAAGAUGAAAGCUCUGGCAAGAAUGAGGGGGACCCCAACUUCCAGCUUGACAUGAUCAGAGGGGGGCUGAAUGGCAGCAUCAGUGACAUCCUGACAGCAAGUGGCUAUGGGGCAGAGACCUCCUUCAGGGCCGACACUGAUACAAGUGGGAUGAGAGAUGCAAUAGCUGGGAUGCUGACAAUGAGUGGUAUGGUUGGAGGAGAUUCCUUAUUCUCCCCCACGGCUGGGAGCGGUCAGAAAAAAUCCUUGGCCGCUGAUGAAGAGGAGGAGCUGAUGGCAGAUUGUUACAGGGAUUCUGAAUUUGUGUAUCCAUCAUUUGAGCUGUCUGAUGAGGAGGAGGAAUCCAUAUAUAAGGCCAGGAAAAAAGCAGAGAAGGACGAUAACUGGAAUCCUAAAGCUCGAAUUGAACCAGGAUCUGUGAAAAUUGACAGGGAACACAGAGUUGGAGUGCAGAAAGAAUCUCUGGCAAGCACACUAGCUACAACAGCAGCCAAGCUGGCAGAAAAUCCCCCCGUUGAGAGGAAGUUCUUAAAAAAGUCAGCAAAACCAAAAGUGCCUGAGAAAAAGGAAUUUGAGGUCCAGCCUCUGCCAGGUCCUUCAGGUGUCUUAGAUGAGCCAGUCAAUGCAUUUCGGCCAGGAAUCAAACGCCCGGUUGAUCCGUGUGCAGGAGUUUCUAGUCAGAGUCCUCCCAAAUCCAAGAAGCCAAAGAAAGGGCUGGCAACGACCAAACAGCGUCUGGGGAAGUUAUUGAAGAUCAAGAAGAUGGUGUUCUAG